AUGGCGGACGCGCCAGACAGAAUUUCCAUAACAAUUUGCGGGGAUGGUGGAUGCGGAAAAUCGUCCAUCACCCUGCGGUUGGUCCGAUCUCAGUGGAUUCACGAAUAUGAUCCCACCAUCGAGGAUUCGUAUUCGGUCACACGGACUAUCGACGGUCUCCCCUAUUUCUUAUCCAUCACGGACACGGCCGGCCAGGAGGAAUAUCGUGGGCUAUGGACGGCAUCCAACUUGAAGUCCGACGCCUUCCUGCUCGUCUACGACAUAACAAACGUCUCCAGUUUGGGUGCAUUGGAUGAUUUCAUGGAAUUGAUCAACAUCGAAGCGGAACAGCGCGUGGAAGACAACCAACGGCUGCUGAAGGAACUCGGAGACAAUGCUCAGGGCUUGGACGUCGGCAUGCCUCCGCCGAUCAAGAUCGUGGCAGGGAACAAAUGCGAUCUCAAGGAGGGUCGCGUCAUCGGUGCGCGGGAAGGGUUGGAAUACGCUCGGAAGCAUGGAUGCGGAUUCAUGGAGACAAGUGCUCGAGAGAUGGUCAACAUCGAGGAGACAUUUGCGCUUCUAGUCCGUCGUGUUGUGGAGGCUCGCCGGCUUCAUUAUCAGAGAGGGGCGUCUGCAACUCAUGCGCCACAACCCCUGGGACCCUCGGUCGAGAAAAAUUCCGACGUCGCCACGCAUGAAGCAGUGAAUUCCGAUCCGCCAAAGGUGAAACCUCCGCGCCAGAGCUUUCUUGGCAUGUUCAAAAAAGGCGAAAAGCCAUUGUAUCAGGAGGCUGCACCCAAGUCCUCGGGGCCAGAGAAGUCGUUACAUACACCCAGGCCCAGUAUAUGGAGACGCCUAUGCUGUCGUGGGUAAUCGCAAAUUGACUUGAUUACUUUCUUUCUUUGUUUGAUGUCUGUGGAUGUUCAUAUUUCAUAUACCCCUCGGGAUUGAGUGUACGGAUGGAUGUAUUUUAUGUAAUUCUAUUGCUGCGGUUUCUCUUUAAUUUUUCUUUUCUUUUCGU